AUGGAUCUGGUUCAGAAGGAGCAUGACCGACUCCUGAAGAAGUUAAGGUCGUCGCAGGGAAUCAACAGUGUCCAAGCCACAAUUGAUCUUCUACAGUCCGCCCGAGAUGCUAUUGCAGCUGCCUUCCGCAAAGAUCCCAACCAGGCCGCUGUUACCCUUGCAAAGCUUCAGAAUCCCAUCAAGACAUCUUUCAACGCCAUCAACGAUGGCUUAAAGGAGACCCAUGGUAGCCUCAACAAGUAUACCAAGUCACUUGACAAGGUACCUCGAUUAGCCCUCGGUCUCUUCCAAGAUCCCCACACUUUGUGCCAGAUGGAUGCUAAUGUACGAUAUCCUGACUUGAAGCUCUUCAAAGACAGACCUCUCCCGAGCACCGAACAUGAUGUCCUUUCCCAGCAAGAAUCUCUCAUCAAUCGCGCCAUCGCUAUGCAUCUCCUGCGAGAGGGUCAAUUCUCCGUCGCAGCAAGCUUCCUCUCCGAGAUCUCCGAGAAAAAGGCCCUGAUGACUAGUAAUGAGCGCAGCUCCGCAUCUCCCGGAUCGCCAAGCCUCCUGGACCUCGACGAGGUUCCAUCGGCGGAAAUUCGCAAAGAAUUCGCAUCCAUGUAUUAUAUACUGUCCCAGCUCAAAGAGCGUCGGAAUCUUCUUCCGGCGAUUGAAUGGGCUCGCGAGAAUCGAGAGGCGCUGGAAGCUCGUGGCAGCAACUUAGAAUUUGAGCUAUGUCGCUUGCAAUUUGUGUGGCUCUAUCAUGGCGAGCCUGACACGGCGGGAGCAAUCCCGAGUCUAAUCCCUGGAAAUUGGCGUGCGGCAAUGGCUUAUGCCAAGCAGGAGUUUCAUGCAUUCGUACCGCGAUAUCUCCGCGAGGUACAGCAGUUGAUGGGCGCUAUGGCCUUUUGCCCAAAUUUACCGGGCUCGCCAUAUGCUGCCAUUUUCAACAAUACGUCUGCAUGGGAGGAUGUAGCCCAGUUUUUCACUCGCGAAUUCUGCUCGCUGCUCGGUCUGUCGGCAGACUCGCCGCUUUACAUUGCUGCGACGGCCGGGGCGAUUGCGUUGCCGACGCUCCUCAAACUCCAAACGAUCAUGAAGGCCAAACGGACCGAGUGGACGAGUGAGAAUGAGCUUCCGGUGGAAAUUCCGCUGCCCCCAUCUUAUCUCUUCCACUCCAUUUUUGUCUGUCCCGUGUCAAAGGAACAGGCCACUGAUGAAAACCCGCCCAUGAUGAUGCCCUGCGGGCAUGUGAUCGCCGAGGAGUCCCUGAAACGACUCAGUAAGGGUAGCCGCUUCAAGUGCCCCUAUUGUCCGAACGAGAGCCACAUGAAGGAUGCUCGGAAGGUUUUCCUGUGA